AUGUCGUCCGCGCCUCCGUCGUCGUCGUCGCCGCCGCCGCCGCGGCCGACGUCUCCCGCGAGCGACGGCGGCGACGGAGACGGGUCUCAUCGUGACUACUACGUCCGGAGAGGCGACACCGUGUUUGACAUCGUCGUCACGCACGCGCUCGACCACGACGAGGUCUUGCGUCUGAACCCCGAGGUCGCGGCGAACGGCGAGAAGAUCUCCCAAGGGGACGUCUUGAAGCUCCCGCCGCCGCCGAAGGUGGACGCGUUCUUGCGAGAGCCGAAGCCGGCGACGUUCGAGCCGGGGGCGCGUCACGUCUUCGUGCCCACGUUUCGACCGGAGGAGGGGACGCCUCCGCGGCGAUCGCCGCCGCCGCCGCCCGAGCCGGUCGCGGUCGCGCCGCCGCGGUCUCUCGAGCCGUCCGCGCCGGCGGAGAUCAGCGCGCCGACGUCGAAUCUUCCGUCGUCGUCGUCGUCGUCGUCGUCGUCGUCGUCGCGCGACGACGAAGACAAAGCGGGGGACGAUUGGCUCGGCGCGGAACGACGACGCGAGGUGCGCGAGCAGCUCUCGAUCGCGCAAGGCCUGGGGAAGAUGGUCAGCGACUUCGGCAGGGCGACCGGGAGCACGUUCGUGGAGUCGCUCGAGGACUUAGAGCGCGACACCGCGGGGAUGGACAAGCGGAGAGAGCGACCGACGCCGUCGCGAGAGAUGACGCGGCGACGCGCGACGACGCCGCCGCCGACGGCGAGGCCGAUCGAGCCGACGCCGACGCCGACGCCGACGCCGACGCCGACGCCGCUCGCGCCGCCCGCGGCGGCUCCGGCGCCGUUGCUCGCGCCUGCGCCGGUCGUCGCGCCCGCGCCGCCGCCCGUCGUCGCGCCCGUCGCGCCGCCGCCGACCGCGCCGACCGCGAGGGAAGCCCCGAACGAGGACGACGUCGCGGCGGCGGCCGCGGACGCGGAGCGCGCGAAAGCGCAAGCCGCCGCCGCCGCGCUCGCGGUCGAAAAGGCUGCCGCGGAGAAAGCGUCGAAGCUCCUCGCCGAGGCUGAGCUCGCGGCGUUGCGAAAGGCGAAACUCGCGGAGGAGAAGGCGACCAAGGCGGCGAUAGCCGCCGCGGAUGAGAAGGCGAGGAUGGAGAGAGAGGCGAAGAGCGCGGCGGCGAAAGCGGCGGCGGAGGCGCGACGCGAGAGAGCCGCCGCCGCGAAGGAGGCGGAACGCGUCGAGCGCGAGAGGGCGGCGAAGGAGCGCGCGAUGGCGGCCGCGGACCGGUCGAAGAGAGAGCUCGACGCCGCGAAAGCGCGGGAGAAGACCGCGAGGGAGUCGCACGAGAGGGAGAGGAAGCGACGAGAGCGCGAGGCGAACGAGAGAGCGAAGGCGGACGCGAAGGCCAAGAAGAACGCGCCGCGGUCUUCCCCCCGCCCCGCGCCGCCGGCGGCGGCGGCGACGGACAACGCGGCGAAGAAGACGCGCGUUCCCACGUCCGAGCGCGCGCGGCGAUUCAUCGGCGAGAAGAUGAGCGCGCUCGCCGCCGCCGGCGGCGGCGACGACGACGACGACGCGGCGGCGACGAACGCUCAGACCGCCGGGACGGGUAAGAAGGACGUCGUGCGCGAAAACUACUGGUCGUUCCCGGCGGCGAGACCCGAAGACCCGCACCACGGCAGCCGUCGCGCGAGGGAGGAGGAGAAACCGAAAUCGAAUCCGAAACCGACGACGAAGACGAAGAGGGACUCAACCGUGGACGAGGAGACGACGUCGUUCGUUCGAAAGCUCGUGAACGACGCCGAGCGCGCGGUCCAGGAGCGGAAACGCGAGAAGCGGCCGCGGUGGAUGCCGUCGUUAUCGUUCGGCUCCGCGGAGUCGUCGACCGCGGAGGCGGACGAGCGGAAGGCGCGGCAGCGCGCCGAGCGCGAUGACGCGCGGCUGAAGCGCGAGCGCGAGCGCGACGCGAAGCUGGAGAAGAUGAAGGCGAGGACGAGGGAGAGGGAACCCUCGCGGAGGAGCGCGGCGCCGCGGUUCGAUCAAGUCACCGGGCGGUCCAUCUCGGUGCCGGUCUUCUCCCCCGCGGCGGCGUCGGCGUCGGCGUCGGCGUCGGAGGGCGCGCGAGACCGCGCGCGGUCGCGGGGUUCCUCCUUCGCGGACGCCGCGACGACGAAAGAGCUGUCCGACACCGCGAUCAUCGCGAUGACGGGCGCGGUCAUGGCCGCGCCGUUCCUCCUCGCGCGGAGGUCCGAACGCGCGCGCGCGAUGAUCGACCAAGGGAAGCUGCGCCUUAAACGUCUGCACGACGUCGACGGCGCGAGCGUGCGCGUGAAGUGGCACGGCGCCGACGCGCGUCCCGACGUCGAAGGGCACGAGGACGGCCGCGGCGACGACGAGGCGCUCGCGCGGUGCGCGGACGGGCACAAGGACGGGCACCUGGGCCUCCCCGCGAGGGUCGGGCGGCCGAUUUCGUUCGCCGCGCUGCUCCCCGAGGGCGGGUGGGUCGCCACGCGCGCGCGCGCGGCGAGGCGCGCCGCAUCGGACGCCGCGAGGAAGCUCGUGGAGAUUUUCGCCGGCGGCGGGAACCUCGGGAGGCGCCGCCCGCGCCACCACCGCGGAGGAAGCCACGGAGGAAGCGCUUUUGGUGGCGGCGGCUCGUCGCGGGUGACGUCGCCGGCGCAGUCGCUCGCCGCGGCGACGGAGGCUUUGGAACGCGCAGAAAAACGCCUCGCGAACCUCACCGGUACCGAGCGCUCCGAGGAGAGCACGCCGUCAAAGAGCGGCGCGCGGCGGAAGCUCGCCGUCGCGCCAGACGCGGACGCGGACGUCGCGCACGCGACCGGGAAGGAGUCGCGGUCGGUCGACCGGUCGCCGUCGCCGCCGCCGAGGACGGAGCUCCUCUCCCCGCGUCUGAUCGUCCCGAUCAAGACCCCGCGGCGGGGCGACGCACCGUACGCGGGCAGCACGCCGGGGAAAUACGAGGUCGCGGCAAACCCCGCGGCGGGUACUUACUCCCCGACGCCGCGCGUCACCGCUUCGAUCGCGGCCGCCGUCGGUCUGAACGUCUCCACGCCGAGGGAGCUCGCGACGCCGGUCGCGGGGAUGGCCCCGGAGAAGGCGAGGAAGACGCUUCGCGCGUACGAGAAGAGAAAGAAUGCGCUUCUGAAGUCGUACUCCGCGCUCGAGGCUGCGGAAGGACGCGCCGUGGACGAGCGCGUGCUCUUCGCGUUCAUCCAGAACCAGAACCCGACGUCGAGAUCGCCGUCGGGCGCGUCGUCGCCCGGCGGCGGCAGACCCGCGAACGUCCCCCCGCUCGCGCUCGACGGCGUCGGCGGCGGCGGGGAGGAGGACGACGCGACGCGCGCGGAACGCCUCCGACUCGAGUGCGCGGUGUUGGAGGGACGGCUGCAGUUCAGGAACGACGACCAGGUCGAGGUACACGAGAGAGCCGCGGAGAGACGCGACGCGCUCGCGGCGAAGCUCGCGUCGAUGGACGCGAAGCCGAUCGCGUCCAAGUCGGCGACGGCGAAGAGAGACGCGCUCGCCGCGGAGGUCGACGCCGCCGCGGCGACCGCGGAGCGCGAGCGCGCGAAGAUGGAGCGGAUAUCGUCCAUCGUCGAGGACGGCGAGAUGAGUAAGCGACAGAAGAGGACGAAGAAGAGCAUCUGGCACUUCACCGUGACGGUCAAGCGACGCGCGUUGCUCGCGUGGUUGCAAGCGUUGGACGACGCGCAUCGGAUGCGACGCGCGGCGCGGAAGCUCACCGCGAAGGGGCAUCUGAAGACGCAAUCUCUCGCGUUCGAGACGUGGCUCGAGUUCUGGCGCGUCGCGAAAGAAGAGAAGAUUCGAAGAAGGGUCGAAGAGCUCGAGCGCCGCGCCGCGGCCGCGGAGGAGGAGGAGGCGAGAGCCGCGGAGGCGGCGGCGGCGGCGAGGGAAAAGUCCGUCGGCGUCGCCGCGAGAAUCGCCGCCGCGGAGGAGCGGGAGACGGAGGCGAGGAAGAAGAUCGGCGGCGAGUACGGAAGCGCGACGAGCUUCCGCGAGAAGUCCAAGGCGUUUCGCAGGAACGACGUGAAGCGCGACGCGCCAAACGGCGACGGCGGGGACGUCAUCGACGUCGGCGUCGCCGCCGCGGACGGCGGCGGCUUCGCGCGCGCCUUUGGCGUUUUAGGCGUGUUCCCUCCUCCGCCCGCGGUGGAUGAUUUCGGCGGCCGCCCGCGCGGCUUCGACGCGCUCUUCGGGCUCUUCAUCUUCGCCACCGCGGCGGCGUACUUCUCCGGCGCUUUCUGUAACACUUUCACGGACUUCGGGAUGAAGUCCGCGACGCAGCGCGCGCACCCGCGCGCGCUGUACCGGCACUUCGAGCAUCCCCCGCUCGCGGCGUGCUUCGUCGCCGGCAUCGUUCGAGCCGAUGAUUAUUUCCUCCUCCCCACUGUUCUCGAGACGUGCGAUGCGCGCCGCGUCGCCCCGCGCGAUGCACGCGCGCUCGACGAACGAUGCGCGAAGCUCCCCGCGCGCGAUGAACGACCGUGCGUCGCCGUGUGCGGGCGAGAGGCGCGCGUCGUGGAGUAG